GAUGAUGGCUGGGCCGGACAUGCCAUGCUCCCCCGACAGCCGAAACAUCAGCCCGAGUUCUACGGUUUUGAAUCUCAGCGACACCGACCUCGGAGCGGAGGAUGAAGAGAAAAUCUGUGCCGUGUGCGGAGACCGGGCCACCGGCUACCACUUCCACGCCAUGACCUGUGAAGGCUGCAAGGGCUUCUUCCGGCGGACCGUCCUGAAGGGCACCCAGUUCACCUGCCCUUUCGCCCGCAGCUGCACCAUCACCAAAGCCAAACGCCGGCAGUGCCAGGCCUGUCGGUACCAAAAAUGCCUGGCCGUGGGCAUGAAGAAAGACAUGAUCAUGUCCAAGGAGGCGCUGCGCAUGCGCCGGGAGCUGCGCCGUCAAAAGCAGCACCGAGAGCCGAGCCCUGCGGGGGACUUGCCCAAACCUGGCAGCCUCACGGCGGAUCAGCAAGAAUUGAUCGAGAUCCUCUCCAGAGCGUACAAGAAAAACGUGGACUCCAGCUUCUCCCCGUUGACGUCUUACCAACCCCAGGAACCCCAGAGUCCACAAUCCAUGGCCCCCCGGGAUGUCACCUCUUCCCCCCUCCCUUCUCAAGAUCCGACGGACGGCUACCCGGAGGAAGUCCUGCCCGAUGUUUUCUCCGUGUUGCCGCUGUUUGCCGAUCUCACCUUCAUGAUCCAGCAAGUGGUUCAGUUUGCGAAGGCCGUCCCAUUUUUUCGAGCCUUACCAGUGGAAGAUCAGAUUUCUCUCCUGAAAGGGUCUGCCAUUGAGAUCUGUGGGAUCCAGUUAAACAUGGCCUUCGAUCUGGAAAACAAUGUGUGGGUCUGUGGCCCCCACUGCUAUUCGGUCAAACAUGGCACGCGGGCCGGUUUUCAGCAAACCCACCUGGAGCUGGUGCAGAAGUUUCAUGUCAGCUUACGGAAGCUGAAUUUACACGACACCGAAUAUAUUCUUUUGCAGGCUUUGCUGCUGUUCUCUCCCGACCACGUGACGGUCACACAGCGAGAGGCCAUCGACCAGAUCCAGGAGAGAAUUGCACUCACCCUUAAAAGCUACAUCGACCACUGUCACCCUCCACCCGAAGGCAGGUUCCUCUAUGCCAAACUUCUCCUGCUGCUGACGGAGCUUCGGACCCUGAAAGUGGAGGGCACGCGCCAAAUGCUCCACAUCCAGGAUGCCAACGGCCUGGGGUCCAAGAUGCCUUUGCUUUCCGAAAUUAUCAGCUGAAGGCUGGAAGCUGGAGGGAGUUACAUGGCAGGGUCCGGUUGUUUCCCAUACCUUUUGGGAGAAGCCAUCUCCUGAGACCCGGCCAGUUGCUGGGGAUAAUGGGAGUGGAAAGAACAAUAGACCUGGAAGACGCCCUCCGGCUUAGGUCGAGAUAGGUCACUGGUGGCCCUCCAGACACAGUCACAGAGGCGUCAGGAUCAGCUCCUCCUCGUAAAGCUGAGGAUGCCUUAGCUGGGUGUCAUAAAUCACGCCACCCCCAUUUUUUUCUGACAAUAUGGGCAGCCCUAGAGGACUUCGGGGCAGCCCCUCGCCCCCUCCAAAGUGGCCCAUCUUCGCUCUCCAUAAUGGAUGAUGUUGGAAAUUUGACCCGCUUUGUCCUUUCAGCUACUAAAGCAGGCCUUUUCUUUCCUGCUGUCCCCUCAUAGCACUUUAAUGGCAAAUAAAAAGGAGUACAUGCUA